CGGCCGGAAACAGAUAGAGAAUAAUCGGCGGCCGGCUUUGCUGCGAAAUGCAAGAGAGGAGUCCGGAGCGAAGUCAUUCCACAGAACCGGUAGUCGUCUCUUGUGCAGUGCGCUCCUCUCUGAAUCGAAAUCUCCGGCGAGCCGUCUCGCCGGCGUUUCCUCCGACCGGUCAAGCUCCGUCGAUGGCGGCUUCCGCUUCAGCUUCUUCCUCCGAGCUUUGACCUUCCCCUCUCUCUCUCUCUCUCGCUCUCUCCAUCCAUGGCGGUGGCCGCCAAGUCCCGGACCGUCGUCGAGCCCUCCUCAGCCCAGUUCGAUCUCUCCGGUCACUCCCGCUCGCCGGUCCGAUCCGUCGCCCUCUCCACCCUCUCCGACGCCCAAACCCUAGUCUACCUCGGGACCCAGUCCGGCGCCCUCCUGCUGCUCCAGGUCGUCGCCGCCUCCUCCUCCUCUCCCACCGACGCUCCUCCUCCCCCCUCCUCCGCCCUCGGCGGCGGCGGCGGCGGCGGGAGCGUGUCCUUCCUGCGGAGCGCCGCGGUGGCUCGGGAGUCUCCGGUGGACUCGGUGCACGUCCUCGCGGAGAUCGGGAAGGUGCUGGUGCUUUCGGACGGGUGCCUGUUUCUGAUCGAUUCUCUCCUGGCGCAGCCCGCGAAGAAAGUCCCGCCUUUCAGAGGGAUUUCGGCCGUCGCGAGGAGGUUCCGGGCGGGCGGUGCGACCGGGGGCUCUGAUUUGUCCGAUUACUCCGUGAAUGCUUCGGAUAAUCCUAGCGCCGGCUCCCGGUUUUUGCAGAAAUUAGGGAGUGGCAUUCGCGCGAACGGGGUGAAAGUCAAAGAAGCGGAGCAAUCGAGACAGCAACCCGAAGGUAGCUACAUUUUUGCGAUUGUGAUCGGUAAAAGAUUAGUCAUAGCCGACUUCAGUGCUAUUAGCGAGUCUUUGGUUGUUUUGAGAGAGAUGCAAUGUAUCGAGGGUGUUAAGGCGAUGGUGUGGCUGGAUGAUUCGAUAAUGGUUGGCACGCAUAGUGGAUACAUUCUAUUCUCGUGCAUCACGGGGCAGAGUGGUGUAAUAUUUUCAUUGCCAGACGUGGCUAGCUUGCCGCGGCUUAAGUUGCUGCGGAGGGAGUGGAAGGUUCUGUUACUGGUGGAUAAUGUCGGAGUGAUUGUCGAUUCGUACGGCCAGCCUGCUGGUGGGAGCCUGGUAUUCCGGCGUGGUCUUGAGUCAGUAGCGGAAGUACCUUCCUACGUCAUGGUCGUGAAAGAUGGGAAGAUGGACGUGUAUCAUAAAAAAUCUGGGAGUUGUAUUCAGACUCUUCUCUUCGCUGGGGAGGGUGUUGGGCCCUGUUUUGUUGCUGACGAGGAGAAUGCGAAUGGCAAUCUGGUUGUAGUUGCAUCACCCUCUAAGGUGUUUUGUUAUCGGAAGGUCCCUUCGGAAGAACAAAUCAAAGACCUUUUAAGAAAGAAGAGCUUCAAUGAAGCGAUAUCCCUGGUGGAAGAGCUUGAGUCUGAAGGUGAAAUGUCCAAGGAUAUGCUCUCCUUUGUUCAUGCUCAAGUGGGUUUUCUGUUGCUUUUUGACUUGCAUUUUGAGCAGGCGGUGAAUCACUUUUUGCAGUCAGAGAUAAUGCAGCCUUCUGAAGUCUUUCCUUUCAUAAUGCGAGAUCCCAAUCGCUGGUCACUGCUGGUACCAAGAAACCGAUAUUGGGGUUUGCAUCCUCCUCCUGCACCUCUUGAAGAUGUUGUUGACAAUGGAUUAGCAGUUAUUCAAAGAGCUAUAUUUCUUAGAAAGGCUGGUGUUGAAACUUCGGUGGAUCAUAAUUUCCUUCUGAGUCCUCCCAAUAGAGCUGAUCUACUGGAGGCAGCGAUCAAGAGUAUGAUAAGGUAUCUUGAGGUUUCUCGGAAGAAGGAUUUGACCUCAUCAGUGAAGGAGGGAGUGGACACACUUCUGAUGUACCUUUAUAGAGCCUUGAACUCUGUUGACAAAAUGGAGGAGCUUGCUUCCUCUGAAAAUAGUUGCGUUGUGGAGGAAUUGGAGAAUCUGUUGGAUGACUCCGGGCAUCUUCGGACGCUUGCGUUCCUGUAUGCCAGUAAAGGCAUGAGCUCAAAGGCUCUAGCUAUAUGGCGUGUCUUGGCUAGAAAUUAUACAUCUAGCAUCCGGAGGGAGUCUGCAUCUGCUAAUGAACUUCAGAAUAGGAGUUCAGAUACUCUAAAUGCUCGGGAGACUGCUGCAAGUGAGGCAUCAAAUAUUCUUGAGGAAUCUUCUGAUCAAAAUUUAGUUCUGCAACAUUUUGGAUGGAUUGCAGAUAUCAACCAGGUUCUUGCUGUUAAAGUUUUGACAUCCGAGAAAAGAGAAAAACAACUAGCACCAAGUGAAGUGCUUGCUGCAAUUGAUCUUAAGAAAGUUGAAAUUCGCCAAAGGUACCUUCAAUGGUUGAUUGAAGAUCAAGACUCUGAUGACACUCACUUCCAUACGAUGUAUGCUAUUUCACUUGCCAAAUCAGCACUCGAGUCUUAUGAAAGGGAAAGUAUGUACGGUGAACAUGAUGUGGGAAACAUAGGAGGAAAGAGCACCUAUGAUUCAGGAUCAAAUUCAAUUUUUGAAAGCCCUGUCCGGGAAAGAUUACAAAUAUUCUUGGAAUCCUCUGACCUCUAUGAUCCAUUGCAAGUAUUGGAAUUGAUUGAGAAUUCGGAGUUAUGGUUGGAAAAGGCUAUUCUUUACAGGAAAUUAGGACAAGAGACAUUGGUUCUACAGAUAUUAGCCCUGAAGCUUGAGGACAGUGAAGCUGCUGAACAAUAUUGUGCAGAGAUUGGCAGACCAGAUGCCUAUAUGCACUUACUUGAUAUGUAUCUGGAUCCACAUGACGGUAAGGAGCCUAUGUUUAAGGCAGCUGUUCGGCUUCUCCACAACCAUGGUGAAUCUCUUGAUCCUCUACAAGUACUUGAGACAUUAUCUCCAGAAAUGCCUCUUCAACUGGCCUCAGAUACAAUCUUAAGAAUGUUGAGGGCCCGGCUGCAUCAUCAUCGUCAAGGACAAAUUGUACACAACUUAUCCCGUGCUGUAGACCUUGAUGCAAGGUUAGCGAUACUGGAGGAGCGAUCACGGAAUGUGCAGAUCAAUGAUGAGAGUCUCUGUGAUUCAUGUCAGGCUCGUCUUGGGACUAAACUCUUUGCGAUGUACCCAGAUGAUACAGUUGUCUGCUACAAGGUCAGUGAUAUACAUUUGUUGCACAUCUACCCAAUCAAAUAAAGAGAGAGAUAAACUGCAAUCGUUCCAAGAUGAUGAGUGUUUCCGACGUCAAGGUGAGUCGACUUCUGUCUCAGGACGUGACUUCAAGAGGGAUGUCUUGAUAAAGCCAGGGUGGCUUGUGACCAAAUAACUCUAGAUGUGGUAUUCGAAUUCUUUAAAUCAUUAAAGGCUCGAGAAGAGGAUUAUCAUUUCCAGUUACUUCAGCGUUCUGGCCUAGAGUUGUAUGGAGUCAGCUUGUGGACGAACUGGAAGGUGAUCGUCUUUGGCGAGGAACAUUGAUGACAUCUGUGAUUUCGCCUUCUGCCAUGCUUAAAUCGGAAGAUUCUGUUACCCAUUGGGUAUUCACAGGAGGAUAAUGUAGAUGGGUUUUCCACAUCGCUCAGGCUGUCUCCAUUUCAAGCUGAUAACAGCAACAAUUUUUGGUCCAACUGAGCCUUGAGUCAGUUUUUCUGGCAUUGUACAUCUUUCUCAACUAAGUUUCUUGCAUUGUCCUUUUAAUGUGCUCUUGAAAUUGAUCCAGUUCAGGAGUUUUCUGUUUAUCUGACCCCUUGAGGGGUAUUAGGCAAUAGAUGUUGUACAUGAUCGAUCUAUACAAGAAGAUGGUGAAUAAGCAAAGUGUAUAAUUACUUCAUUCAUGGAUGUUGAAUUACACUGGUUGCAGUUGAACUGCACCUCCUCCGUCUUGCUGUAUUGCAAAUGGAUUAAAGAUCUUUUUCCAA